UGACACAGACAAGCCUGCAGGAUAAAUGACUUCAGAGGUGAAAACGGCAAAAAGGCGGUGCUUAGCCAGGACUAGUUUCUUUUAACCUAAAACAAUUAAACUCACCUUUAUUCGUUUAACAAAAGCUUAAAGAGACUGAUAAUGGAGCAGCAUUAGAAGUUGGAUGGAGGAAAAUACACGCAGGACUACUGUGAGCUCACACUCCUACACAUUCACAGCUGUGUUGGAUCUACUGUGGAAGGAUUAUUGAUGGUCCUGAUGUUUAAAACUUCUGAGCCACAAUGAAUACGACUUUCAGGCCGGUACUCCCAACCUCUGCAGUGUUCGACACCUCUCUCCCUAUAUCCACGUCAUCCCUCCCAGGCUACAUGUCAUCGGCUUCUCUUUCUCCUUUCUCCACCUCAAACUACACAGCGGUCACUUCAACCCCGAUGCCUUGCUCAUUUAAUAAUGAAAGCCUCCGUGUUCUGCAGGCGGUGCUCUACUCUCUUUUCUUCAUCUUUGGACUUGUGGGUAACCUCUUUGCUUUGUGGGUCUUCCUGUUCCUGCAUUCGGGCCGAAACUCAGUGCGGGUGUUCCUCAUCAACUGUGCAGUGGCUGAUCUGGUCUUCCUGGCAUGCCUGCCCUUCAGGGUCUUCUUCCAUAUUAAUGGAAACAAAUGGGUACUGGGACCUGUGGCCUGCAAGAUGGUGGGAAACCUAUUUUACAUGAACAUGUACAUGAGCAUAUUUCUACUCGGAUUCAUCAGCCUGGACAGAUACUUGAGGCUGAAGGGGAAGGGCAGAGCACGGAGAGGCCUAAGGCUGAGGCUGUGGGGGCAAAGCAAGCCGUGGAGCUGGGUGGCAUGUGGAGUUCUGUGGAUUGCGUUCCUGGUGGGUGUGAUUCCCAUGAUUGCCACACCAGAGGAUAAGGAACACAGCGAUAAGUGCUUCCAGUACAAAACGCGACAAAAAGCCUACUGGAAAGCCUACAUCAACGCAGGGCUGGUGGUGAUGUUCUGGUUCAUCUUCAUCAUCCUCGUGGUUUCCUAUGCCAAGAUUGCCUCACGGCUGCAGCAGGUGUCACGGGACAAGCCGGACCUACCUAAUGCACAGAGAUACAGGAGAACCGCAAAGAAGUCCUUCUUUGUCCUCUUUCUCUUCACCAUCUGCUUCGGGCCCUACCACGCCUUUCGCCCCUUCUACAUCUCCUCCCAAUUGAGCUCAAGCCUAUCCUGUAAUUACAUGCAAAUCAUGGACUGGACCAAUGAGGUGAUGUUGUUAUUCUCAGCCUUUAACAGUUGCUUGGAUCCUGUCAUGUACUUUCUGUUAUCGGGCUCGGUGCGCAAAGCUGCCCUCCAAGCACUCGGACGCAGACUCGGCCACCGGCUUCUCUUCCUGAAUGACGUGACAUCCAACAGCUCCACCAUGGAUUUCAGACGGCCGUCUGUCCCUGUGGUUGUACCCAACCUCGGUGUUAACACUCAGUCGCUCACCCCCAGAACCAGUAUGUGUGUCAUCAACUCUAACCUCCGCUGCACAAGAGUGACUACGCUUCCACCUACUGGCCAACAGUGAUCACAGGAGGAAAAAAAAUCGGAGUAGAGCAUUUCUAUUGACAGCUUCGGUUCUAACAUAUUAGAACCCCCGUACAUGAACCCCUGUCAGAGAUGGAUUUUUAACCAAUUUCCAUUAUUGGUUAAAGACAACAGAUUUAUGUCUGAAGACGUACUACAGCAUCAGCCGUGUCUUUAAAAAUUUACAUUUCUUUAAAGACUAAU